GAAGAUAAAGGUCAUUCACCAUGACUUGCUUCCCAGAGACAAACUUUGGAAGUAAAUUUGUGAUCAUUAUCGAAACCCUAAUGCCUUUCUAACACCUAAAGGAAACUAAUAUCGCUUGUAUAAAUCUGUCAGACCCCAGGUCUAACCGGCUGCACAGCGCACGUUAAAUUCCAUGGUUAUACCGUUUCAUCGAUGGUUAAACCAUUCGCACCUGCCGACCAUAACUUUGAUGGCCGACCUACGUCCCCGUGUGCUUUUGAGAAUCAUUGGGAAGUUCGAUCGAUCCUAACGUUAAUACGAUAUAAACACUAUAAAGAUGCACUUAUUUGGCGGAUUGCUUUUGAGAAGCUAAUCACUUGGAACCUCGAUUUGGAUGCGCUCACGACUACGACUAGAAAACCAGGAUUAUGGUUUGCAUCACGUUCCUUUUAUCUGCAUGCAUGGAUUUUUCUAAAAUUCUAUGGCGCAGUAUUGGAAAAUUAGGAAUUUCAGUUCUUGAAACCCGACUUCCGUUACGGAUAUCACUGACACAUUUGAUAUGCUUAUCUGUAUUCGUCCAUGGAGUGGUCAGUGAAAGCCCGGAAACCUGGUGGACAGUCGGUCAGGAUGAACUUCGCGAUACCCUGAAGUCCAAACUAAACCACAAUAUCGCCAAAAAUGUGAUAGUGUUCCUGGGUGAUGGAAUGGGUGUUACUACAGUUACUGCGGCACGAAUUCUGAAGGGGCAGCUGGAUGGAAAAUCCGGUGAGGAAGGCUAUCUGCAUUUUGAUCGCUUCCCGCACACUGGACUUUUAAAGGCUUAUUCCAACGAUAAACAGGUUUCAGAAUCCUCUGCAAGCGGUACAGCUCUGUUUUCGGGAAUGAAGGUGAAUUCCGAAACGAUCGGUUUGGACAGCUCGGCUGUCCCCAAAGAAUGCAAAAAUUCGCACCUCCACCACAUCGACGGUUUGCUGUUGUGGGCGCAACAAGCGGGCAAGUCCACUGGAAUUAUUAGUAACACUCGAGUUGUGGACAGCACACCGGCAUCACUGUAUGCACAUACGCCGGAAGAGGACUGGGAAGUGGACAGUGCCAUACCUGCGUCACAGCGGGAACUUGGGUGCAAAGAUAUUUCCGUCCAGCUGAUCGACGAUUUACCUGGUCGAAAUAUAAAUGUUAUCCUGGGGGGAGGACGACUCAGCUUUCUGCCGCAAAAUCAUUUGGAUGAGGAAAGUAACAGUUACGGAAAGCGACUGGAUGGCCGCAAUUUGGUUGAAGAAUGGAUGCACGACAAAAGGCGCCGUAAUGCUAGCGCUGGAUACAUGCAAAAUAAAGAAGACUUGAAAAAUAUGGCGAAUGCAGAAAAUGAAUUCUUGCUGGGUCUAUUCAAUCCGGAAAAAAUGAGUUUCGCUUGGGAUCGCGGUGAUUCUUCUCCGGAGCCAGCGCUCGAUGAAAUGGCGGUGGCCGCUGUACGGGUAUUACGGAGAAACCCGAAAGGCUUUUUCUUGAUGAUUGAAGGAGGUCUGAUUGACGAUGCCCACCACAGAGGAAUGGCGGCAAACGCACUGCAUGAAACCAUUGCUCUGGACAAAGCUGUUCGGGCGAUUGAUGACUGUACACACGAGAACGAUACGUUGCUAGUAGUUGUUGCCGACCAUUCCCAUUCUUUGCUUUUUCUUGGAUAUCAGAAACGAGGAACAUCCAUACUAGGUCUAGCAAACGCCAAAAAAGCAGCGGAUGGUAAACCGUACACCUCACUUCUCUACGCUUCCGGUCCCGAAAGCCCUCUAAACACUCCAAGGCUGAACAUUUCGGGGCAAGACACGAGUAAGCUUUGUAGUAACGGCAUACGACAAGACCUAAAAUUGCUGAAGUAUCUUCUGAAACAUUACACCGUAACGGCAUUUUCUGGUAAGGAAAAAUCGACGAUCCUUCGUAAAGUUCCGCACUACAUCAAGCUGCACCCGCGGCAGGAUACCGGCAACCAGCUUUCAUUCCGUCUUCUUGGGCUAUGCACAUGGGAGAAGAUGUUCCAGUAUAUGCCAAAGGACCAAUGUCCCAUCUCUUUAGCGGCGUCCAUGAACAAAACUACUUUGCGCAUGCGAUUAAUUACGCUUCGUGCUACCGAAGCGAUCUUUUAAAUGCAUGUAAUUCUGGGCAGUUUGCAAACAAUACAGGAAAUUAAAUAACCCAAAUUCAAACGGUUUGAUCACAGA